CGCAACUAAGCCAGUAACAUCGGGAGGUCAGGAGUGCAGUAUACAACCAGGCCUCCGGCUUUAGGCAUCCAGGGAAUAAGAAAUGUAAAAAAGAACCUGAUUAAUCUUUCUUCUACUGGUUAGUCACAAGAGUGUAUAAGCAGUCAGUACACACAGUAGUUUCUAGAUAUGCUCAUCUUGGCGCCUCCUCACCCUGUCAAUACAAAUCUAGACUUUAGACUCAUCCAUACAGACAGGAUGACUUCUGCUGGAUAACUGACCAACAUCUACAUGAUGUCAGUAAUAAAAAACCUGUUAGAACUAACAGAUAAAUCCUCUAUUCCAGGAUUCAAGUGAUUAAUGUAGUAAAAAGUAAUUAUUAAAUUAAUAACAAUAGUUUCCUCCCUUGGGAGUUUAAAGAAAACAAAAAUGAACAGCCGAAGGUUCUCGGUGAAGAAGAUGGCGUUGAAGUCCACCUUCGGGUUCACCACAGUCAACCACAACUAUACGGAGGCAGAACGACAGAUCUUGAACAGCUAUCACUCCCUGGAGUAUCUACCACCACACUCUAAGGUGUACAGGAACUGGCUGCAGCAACAGCCCGCCAGGCUAGACUGGGAUAGAUGGCUAAUGAUGGCAAUAAUAGGAUUCUCCGUAGGAAUCCUUGGGUUUCUUCUUCAUCAGAUCAUUGAUAUCAUUGCUGAAGGCAAGUGGCAUCUGACUCAGCACUACAUUUCCAAUGGGGACUUCUCUGGUGCCUACUCUCAUACUGUUGGUUAUUCAUUAAUAUUUCUAGUAAGCAGUUGUCUCCUGGUGCUCUACCAACCAGCUGCAGCUGGGUCAGGCAUACCGGAGAUUAUUGGUUUCCUCAACGGAACUAGAAUUAAAGACAUAUUCAAGAUGCAAACACUCAUUGUUAAGUUUUUAUCAUGUGCUUUCGCAGUAGGUUGUGGAAUGCCGGUUGGAUAUGAAGGUCCUAUGAUACAUUUAGGAAGCUUGGUGGCCGCCGGAGUGUCACAGUUCAAAUCCGCUACAUUUGAGUGUACAUUGCCAUUCUUCUCAAGAUUUAGAAACUCAGAGGAUAGAAGAAAUUUUAUAUCAGCGGGGGCUGCUGCUGGAAUAGCAUCAGCUUUUGGUGCACCAGUCGGAGGUCUUCUCUUCGCAAUGGAAGAAGUUUCUUCUUUCUGGAAGAACAAACUUUCUUUCCAGGUUUUCUUCUGUUGUAUGAUUGCAACGUUUACAACGGAUAUUCUCAACUCUUCCUUCCACGGGUUCAAGUACAAAGGAGAUUUUGGUCUGUUCAAACCCAAGUUUAUCUCCAGAGACCUCAUGGCGGUUAAUGUUAUUGCAGUAUUUCCUGCAAUACUUCUAGGUAUAUUGGGAGGAUUACUGGGAUCUGGGUUUACACAUUUAAACCUUGUGUUUGCUAGAUCCAGGAAAAAGUUUAUGUCAGGAAUUAAGGGUAAGAACACAGCUCGUCUCAUUAGACUUAGGCAGACAAGUAGCACCCCUGUAUCCUGUGUUUACUCCGAGACAGGAGAUCCGGACAGCCACGACAGGAACGUGUGCACCGCCACCAACUCCUCCGACUCCAACACCGAGGUCAACAUUCAGUUCUACACGUACAACAUGACGGAGUAUAGGGUACAGGACAAUAAUGGUACGGUACGGGUGUACAGAAACGGAUCGUACAGUGAGCUGGCAACCCUGUUCUACGGUACAGGGGAGCAGGCCGUGUACCACCUGUACUCUAAGAAUACUCAUAAACAGUUUGGGUACACGAGUAUGGCUGCCAUGUUGGUUAUUUAUUUUGUGAUGAGUUGCUGGUCUGCGGGUACAUACCUAUCCUGUGGUAUAGUUGUACCAAUGCUUCUUAUAGGUGGUCUAUACGGAAGAAUGACUGGUCGUCUUCUUGUUGAUCAAUUUGGAAUUCAAACUCACAAAUACUGGGCUUGGAUGGAUCCAGGUGCGUUUGCGCUGCUCGGCUCAGUUUCAUUCUUCGCCGGUGUGACUCGUCUCACCAUCUCCCUCACAGUUAUCAUGGUCGAGAUCACCAACGACAUCCACCAGCUCCUCCUCAUUAUGAUCAGCAUCAUGGUGGCGAAGUGGACCGGAGACCUUCUGACACACCCCCUAUAUCACGCCCUCCUAGAGGUGAAAUGUAUCCCGUUUCUAACUCCUGAACCUAUUCUGAUGAAGAUGGACGGGAGUGUGCUCAACCUUGAUCUAUUUACUACGCAAGAUGCUAUGACGCAUCCUGUUAAGACUGUGAAUAUAUUUGCGUCAGUCCACAGUAUAGCAAAACUUCUUUUAGGAAACACCCACGGUGGUUUCCCUGUAGUCAAAUCUCUGGGGGAGAACCUGGAGAAUACGUUCUGUGGAGAAAUCAGUCGACUGGAGCUAAGAAACCUAAUGACACGUCCUGAACUAUUCAUCAUGAAAUCAGAUUUUAGUGCUACGGUUAGGAUGCCUCAUGUUUCAGAUAUUAUGCAUCCACAUUUCAGAUUGUCUAAGAAGAGCCCCCACCUAGCAACAGAUGAACUAUUACAACAGUACAUGAAUGAACCACUCUACUGUGAUUACUAUGUCAACCUGUCACCGUACAUCAAUGAUUCAGGGGUAUGUGUACAGCAACAUUUCUCCCUACAAAGAGCCUACAUACUCUUCAGAACUAUGGGGCUCAGACAGAUGACCGUUGUUAACCAUACAAACCAGGUGGUAGGAACAAUAUCUCGAAAAGACUUGAUGGGGUUCUCUAUCGAAGAAAGAUUGGAGAGAUUGCUGAUAAAUCCACCUAGAAAACUCAGCAGGUCUGUUGUCCUAGCUCUAAAGAAGAAUUAUGGUGGCCGGAAAUCUGAAAGAUUAAAGGAAGAAGAUGAAGAUCAGAGCCAAGGAACAGAAAAUAAUAAUCAAUAAUACGGAUAUUAUCAAUAAUCUAGCAAGAGUAUUUUAAUAGCUUAGAAAUUCUGGAUAAUUUGGAUUGAAUCUAGAGAUAAUCUUUAGAUUAUCUCUAGAUAAUC